AUCGACAUAAAAACAAGAUGUCCGUAGACUAACUAUGUUUUUGAGGAUUUGAAAGAAUACAAUAGCUUUAUAGAGAUUUUGUUAGGUUUUAUAAUACCAGUGCAGUCAAUAAUCCUUGAUUUAAACUCACAUUUGAAAAGUUUUUUCUGUAAUAUCUAAGCAGAUAUUUACUAGAGAUAGCUAGAGGACAACGUUAUUAGAUUGAAAAGUGGAAAAUUUUGUGUCAUCAAUGAGAGCCGAUCUGUCAUGUCUUACACUGAACUGGAACAUGGUUAUCAGGAUCUUCGGAGUACAAGUCGUCCCAUCUUCUACGUAGGAGAUAUUGGUUCUGUUCAGCCUAAUUUAGUAGGUGCUGUGUCACCUUCAGUAUAUCGGUCGUCUAAACGCGGCGAACUGUCGGACGAGUGCGUAAGCGAAGAUGGGUGUACUGCUGGGAAUGAUCUCGAGGGUGAGGGUAAGCAAGUCCUGGUGGGAAUUUGCGCGAUGGCCAAGAAAUCUCAGAGUAAACCAAUGAAAGAAAUUUUAACUAGACUUGAAGAAUUUGAAUACAUAAAAAUUGUCGUCUUUUCUGAAGAAGUUAUUUUAAAGGAACCAGUGGAAGAUUGGCCUAUUGUUGAUUGUCUAAUAAGUUUUCAUAGCAAAGGAUUUCCAUUAGAUAAAGCUAUUAAUUAUGCAAAUUUAAGAAAACCGUUUAUUAUUAAUAAUCUUCCAAUGCAAUAUGACAUUCAGGAUAGAAGAAGAGUUUAUGCAAUUUUAGAGAGUGAAGGUAUUGAAAUUCCACGCUACGCUGUUCUAGAUCGCGAUUCUGCUGAUCCAAAACAACCCUUUUCAGACCAUGAGCUUGUGGAAUCAGAGGAUCAUGUGGAAGUCAACGGAGUUACUUUCAAUAAACCUUUUGUUGAAAAGCCUGUUUCCGCUGAAGACCACAAUAUUUAUAUUUACUACCCCACUUCUGCUGGUGGAGGUAGUCAAAGACUUUUUCGCAAGAUAGGAAGUCGUAGCAGCGUUUAUUCACCAGAGUCUCGUGUCCGAAAGACGGGGUCUUAUAUUUAUGAAGAUUUUAUGCCUACUGAUGGAACUGAUGUAAAAGUUUAUACUGUAGGACCUGAUUAUGCACAUGCUGAAGCUAGAAAAAGUCCUGCACUCGAUGGAAAAGUUGAAAGGGAUUCUGAAGGCAAAGAAAUACGUUAUCCUGUUAUUUUAAGUAAUGUCGAAAAGUUGAUCAGCAGAAAAGUUUGUUUAGCUUUUAAACAAACUGUUUGUGGUUUUGAUCUUUUAAGAGCUAAUGGAAAAUCAUUUGUAUGUGACGUUAACGGCUUUAGUUUCGUAAAAAAUUCCAAUAAAUAUUAUGACGAUUGUGCUAAAAUAUUAGGAAACAUGAUUUUAAGAGAAUUAGCCCCAACUUUACACAUUCCUUGGAGUGUACCUUUUCAACUUGAUGACCCUCCGAUUGUCCCUACAACUUUCGGAAAGAUGAUGGAAUUGCGAUGCGUCGUCGCAGUAAUAAGGCAUGGAGAUCGAACUCCAAAACAAAAAAUGAAAGUAGAAGUACGCCAUCCAAAAUUUUUUGAGAUUUUUGCCAAAUAUGACGGAUACAAACACGGCCAUGUGAAAUUAAAACGACCUAAACAACUACAAGAAAUACUAGAUACGGCUAGAAGUUUAUUAUCAGAAAUUCAACAUCGAGCAGCUAGUCCGGAGCUGGAAGAGAAGCAAGGGAAAUUAGAGCAACUUAAGAGUGUUUUAGAAAUGUAUGGUCACUUCUCAGGAAUUAAUCGUAAAGUACAAAUGAAAUAUCAGCCAUGUGGCAGACCUCGAGGAAGUUCUUCUGAUGAUGGUAACAGUCACAAUAGACGUAGCGAGCCUUCACUGGUGCUAAUUUUAAAAUGGGGUGGUGAAUUGACGCCUGCUGGAAGAAUCCAAGCAGAAGAAUUGGGACGUAUUUUUCGGUGCAUGUAUCCAGGUGGUCAAGGUAGACACCUUAGUGGUGAUUAUGCUGGUGCUCAAGGUCUUGGAUUGUUAAGACUUCAUUCAACAUUCCGUCAUGAUUUAAAAAUUUAUGCAAGUGAUGAAGGAAGAGUCCAAAUGACUGCAGCAGCUUUUGCCAAAGGUCUCUUAGCACUUGAGGGUGAACUUACACCCAUUUUGGUGCAAAUGGUCAAAAGCGCUAAUACUAAUGGACUAUUAGAUAAUGAUUGUGAUAGCAGCAAAUAUCAAAAUAUGGUAAAAACAAAAUUACACGAGUUAUUACAACAAGAUCGUGAAUUUACUAAAGAAGAUAGAGAGCAGAUAAAUCCUGGAAAUGCAUUAAGUAUUAAUGAUGCAUUAGACUUUGUAAAAAAUCCUGUAAAAUGUUGUCAACAUGUUCAAAUGCUUAUUCAUAAACUUAUGGACAUUGUAAGAUUAAAAAGAGACGACCCAAAAACUAAAGAUACCAUUUUAUAUCAUGGAGAAACGUGGGAAUUAAUGGGUCGACGUUGGGGCAAAAUCGAAAAAGAUUUUUGUACUAAAAAUCAAAGGUUCGAUAUUUCCAAAAUUCCAGACAUUUACGAUUGUAUAAAAUACGAUCUUCAACAUAACAAUCAUACGCUUCAAUUUGACCAUGCUGAAGAAUUGUAUAUUUAUGCUAAGUAUCUUGCCGAUAUUGUUAUUCCGCAAGAAUAUGGUUUGACUGUACAAGAAAAGUUAACUAUUGGUCAAGGAAUUUGUACUCCAUUACUUAAAAAAAUUCGUGCUGAUCUACAACGUAAUAUUGAAGAAUCCGGUGAUGAAACGGUCAAUCGAUUGAAUCCUCGAUAUUCUCAUGGAGUUUCUAGUCCUGGAAGACAUGUGAGAACAAGAUUGUAUUUCACUAGUGAAAGUCAUGUUCACUCUUUAUUAACAGUUUUGAGGUAUGGAGGAUUGUUGGAUGUUGUUAAAGAUGAACAAUGGCGACGUGCCAUGGAGUAUGUCAGUAUGGUUUCAGAGCUGAAUUAUAUGUCUCAAAUUGUUGUUAUGCUUUAUGAAGAUCCAACGAAAGAUCCUAGUAGUGAAGAACGCUUCCACGUAGAGUUACAUUUUAGUCCUGGAGUAAAUUGCUGUGUACAAAAAAAUCUACCUCCUGGUCCUGGAUUCAGACCACAUUCACGAAAUGAAAGUAGUCAUAAUCUGCAGGAGACAACAUCUCAAUGUAGUCAGAGAAUCGAAGAAGAAGAAGAUAGUGAAUUGGGUCCUUUAGAUGAUGAUUUAUCUAGUCCACAACACACAUCAGACCAUUCAUCUCCACCACUAGUUGAAACAGAAGAACAAGCAGAUUCAACCCUCGGAAGUCCUAUUACCAGUCGGGCCAUUGACAUGAUGGACUUAGAUCCCAAUAUGAUGGAUGAACCUUAUGACAGCGGAUUUCUUCAAAGCUCUGCACCUAUUCCUAUUAGUGCUAGGACAGUAGCGGGACACGAAGCAGCGAGAUUAGGAAGCCAGUUAGCUGAAAGCCAACGACAAAGACGAGAGCGGGAAGCAUCCGGUAUAUGUGAACCAAGAGCAAGGAGUUAUGAUUAUCAAAGUCAAGAAAAACCGGAAAAAACUGCAGACCAACUGCAGUAUCAAAGUCUGGAUGCAGUCAAUCGAGAAGAUUCGUCUACUCGGUCGAUAAAUUCCCGCUCGGUAACUGGAAAAAACCCAUCUUUCCAAGCGAUGAAGGCUUCAAGAAAUUUUUUGGGAAUUCCGGUUUAUUUACCACAUACUCUGAGCUCUCCGGAUUUGCCAUCACCUAUUGUGGAAUCUAUACAACAAUCAGGACCUUUGAUAACGCUCCACAAUACAUCAUUAGGUUCACCAACCAAAAUACCUACUAUUCAACUAAUCCAAGAGUGUCCUUCGAAAAAUCGUGCAAGAAGAUCGCAAUCAACUUUGACUCUUUCACAUUUGGAAAUCCCUGGUGAGUUUAAGGAUCAAAGUUCGGGUGUUAAAAGCUCGCGAUCCCUCUCACCAUGUUUUCAACAAUGUCAUUGUUACAACUGCAAUGUUUCCGAACUAAUUCACCAGGAUUUAAGUCCCUCAGAGCGUUUGAAUUUACAUACUUACUUUACUCGUUCAUUAUCACGGAAAUUUACAAAUUGUUCGUGCUACAAAAUUGGUGAUUUGGCAACAUUAUCAACUAUCAACAGCAACAACAUCAACAAUAAUCCAUCGCGAUUAAAAACUAUUUUUAUGAACCGACAAAACUCAUUACCGACAAUUUAUUUACCGACCGAGUCGGCUACGCAUGUUUCUUUUUCUUUAAACCCUUUUCUGUAUGAUCAUGAAUGUGACACGAAUGCUAUUAACUUGGGAUAUCAUUAUUUAUUGGCCACAAAUAUUAAUGACUGCAAGCACGUGCAUAAUGAUACAAUUAUAAAAUUAAAAACAUCCUCCCCAUCCAAUUUCCAAACGCAACGAUCCUUCUCAUCCCCAGACACACGACCUACAAUCAUUCAACCAAACCCUACCUGCACAGCAAGGCGCCAUCGUCACAGUAUCUCUGGGCAGAUGAGUUAUUUCAAACUGUUGGGAUACAAUGUCAGCAAAAAGCUUACUGGAUCAGCUAAUAGUCUAUUCAGUACGGCAGUUAUCAGUGGAUCUUCCAGUGCUCCCAAUCUCAAAGAUAUGGUACCAGCUCAUGCAUCAGCAGUUGCGGCUAUUGAAGGUUUUGGUGGAGUACCACCAAUAAGACCGUUGGAAACUCUUCAUAAUGCACUUUCUUUGAAACAACUUGAUUCUUUCCUGGAAAUGAUGACGAGUGCUCAACUUUUUAAAACUCCUGCAUCAUCACCACCCAAAAUUCCUUCACCAGGAAUUAUGAAUCCUCAUUCUUUGGUUCCUAAUCUUACCAUCGGUUCGAUCGGAGAGUUUGAUUCUGCCAGAUUUAUUGGUCCCGGUGGAUCAUUUAAAGGUCCUGAAAAUGAGAAUGACCUUCGUAAUGUUUCAUCCCCAACAAGUCCAAAUAGUGUUGGAUGGAGUAGCGGACCACAGUCAUUCUUAUCCGAGCCAUCAUCACCAGCACCGACUUCUGCUGGUGGAAGUAGCAUGUCCAUGAGUUUAAUUAGCAAUGACGGUAGUCAGCCCUUCACUGCACCUAAAUUUCCCACUCCUUCAUGCUUAGAAAUGAACUUUACUGAUUUUUGUAUGGCUAUGGAUCAAGACAGUCGUGAAGGAGGUCGUGGGAGUAUUUCUUAUACGGACUAUUACAGUAAUGAAGAUGGAAUAAUUAGAAAAUUAAUUCCUCAAGAGGAAAAACUAGAUAAAGAUCAAGGAGAUUAUGAUGACGAUCACACCUUAACAUUAAAGCAGACUGAAGAACAGAAAAAACACGAUUUGAAAUCUAUCUUUGAAUCAAAAGACACUACAAAAGUUGAAAGUUAUAAAAAAAUUGGAAGGUUCCGAGUUGAAAGUAUGGAGAUAUCAGAUGACGAUGUUAGAAUUAAAGAAUCAGAAUCAUUGAAUUCAAGUAAAUCGUUAGAGAAAUUACGAUCUAUAUCACCAUCAAAACGAUCAGAUGAACCGAAAAAAUACAAAAUGAGUUCAUCGACUACAAAAACAAAAAGGGGAAAAAUAAUUUCUAGAUCUCAAAGUGUCUCUAAUCCAACACAGAGUGACGCAUCUACUAGUAAAGCUGAUCAAGAUAUUCUACCUCAUCAUUAUUCAUCAAUAUCAUCAACAAAAUUAGGUGCAUUUUCAACAAUGGCCCGAGACGAUUUAGAUGAUUGGAAAAAGAAAGCAGAAGAAAUUGUAUCUGUACCAGUUGUUUUACCUAUGGAGACAACUACUCAGCCGAUAGUUACUGUUGCUCCAAAUACUAAAAAUAAUCCGAAAUGUCAUUAUUGGCUUUGAUAUAGAUAAUACAGAAAAAAAAUAGGCAAAAAUUAAUAUAAUAUAGUUAAUAAACUUUAACAAAUGAAUGUGUCAGCGACUUUGAAAAAUACAAUUUUAUUAACAUCAGCAUAUUAAAAUUCAUAGGCAUUGCAGAUGAUUAAUCAAUGUAAAAACUUGCAAUACAAAGUUUUUAAAUUUGCUUCAUAUGCUUUUGUAAUGUUUUUGAGAACAAAAAAAAAUAGAAUAGCUGAUUGUUGAAUUGAAAAGAAGAAAAGAGAAAAAAAUGUUUAUGACAUUCCUGUGAUGUUAUUUGCGACUUAAUAUUGUAUUAAUCUUUACAAGUACCUGGAAUACUUAAAGAUCUGAAAAUGUUGACAUAGCAAAAAAGGAUUUGAUUCAUUGUUAAGAAAGAAAUGGAAUAAAUGAUGAGAUGAUUUAGAGUAUAAAUAAUCAUUGAUAAACGCAAAAAGAGAAUAAUUUUCAAUUAAAUUUUAAAUUUUACAUUAGAAUCUAAUGAAAUAUUUAUUUUCACUUAUAGAUUAUACUUGAAUAAAUCAAUAAAUAAAUAUGGUUUGUUGAUGUUGAAAAUUUAAUAAGUCUUUCUUUAUUAAAAACAUAUAUCUUCAGCUCUAUGUCUUAUUGGAUAAUUAUAAAUUUAUUUUGUAUUUCGUGGCCAUAUUAAUGUUAGUUUUGCUACAAAAUUUGUUUUGUCAAAAUUCAUCUUAAACAAUUGCACAAUAGAUGUGAA